AUGGCCAGAGUGAGCGGCGCAGAAGAGAUACCGGAUGGAGCAAGCGCUCGAGUCGGGAUGUUUUCAGCGAGGUUCGACCGCGGACCAACCGAGGCAUUAUUCCGAGGAGUUUACCAACUUCUGAAAGAGAAGAACUACCCGGUGCUCAUGGUGGACGCGGCCGCGGGCAGAAACUUCGGAGAGAUGACAUCCGCCUAUUUGGGCAAACUCAAGAGGGAGAGGGGAGUGUUACUUGCGGUUUGCACGUGGAACUACGCUGAGAAGACCGACUCCCGGUACUCUUCGUAUGAGGAGCUUCGAGUCGCCCACGAAAACGGUUUGCAGAUCCUUCCACUUCGCAUGUGUGACGACCCCUGGCCGCCGGAGCCCCCCUGCGGCCCAGAUCACCAGUACGACCAGAUGGGAGCCGGCGCGGGACUUGUCGACCUAGCGAUCGGACCAGCCACGGUUUACGUAGACUGCAGGGGCAAAGAUGAGAACUGCAUCGCUGCCCGGAUUGCGGAGACUCUUCGACCGGGGGGACCGCGGCGUCCUUCAGGGCAUGGAAAGGGAGCGAGCCCUGGCGCUUCAAGCGCCGCGGGGUACAGCCAGCAAGAUACCGAGGCCGUGGUCCGGCCGAGCGCUUCGCCCAGCCCUGCAGACAUCGCAGAAGCCAAGGCAUGGUACGACUUGGGCAAGAAGGGCGGAGGCAAGCGCAACGGCUUCAGCUACUCAAAGAAGGCCUGCUACGUGAAGGCUUUGGAGGUGGAUGAAAAGUAUGCGAGGGCGUGGAACGGCCUUGGAUAUGAAGGCGGUGGUACCGUGAAGGGCCAGGCUUAUGACGCAAAGGCCUGCUAUCGCAAGACUUUGGAGGUGGAUGAGAAGUAUGCGGUUGCGUGGAGAAACCUCGGUCUCGUUGGCGGUGGCACCGUGAAGGGCCGGGAUUAUGACGCAAAGGCCUGCUUCGUGAAGGCCUUGGAGCUCAACGAGAACUUCGCGAAUGCGUGGAACAGGCUCGGAGUCGUUGACGGUGGCACCGUGAAGGGCCAGGCUUAUGAUGAAAAGGCCUGCUACGUGAAGGCUUUGGAGGUGGAUGAAAAGCAUGCGGGGGCGUGGAACAAUCUCGGAAAUGAAGGCGGUGGCACCGUUAAGGGCCGGGAUUAUAACGCAAAGGAGUGCAUUCUCAAGGCACUGGAGCUCGAUGAGAAGAAUGCUAAUUAUUGGGACAGCCUCGGAGAUCUAGCAGGCGGCGGGACCGUGAAGGGCUGGGCUUAUGACAAGAAGGACUGCUUCGUGAGGGCCCUCGAGCUGAGCGAGAAUCACAUGUUCGAGACCGUUUUCUGGCGAAAUCUAGGUAACGCUGGCGGGGGCACCGUCCGCGGCACCCACUACAGCCCUGACGAGUGCAAAGCCAAAGCUGAAGGGAAAUAA